AGCCGAGCAGGGGGACACUGUUGUCAUUCGUCAGGGCUGCGUGUCGAGCUUUUGUCCAGGAGAAAUGGCUGGGAUUAAAGCUCUCAUCAGCCUGUCCUUUGGAGGGGCCGUUGGCCUCAUGUUCCUCAUGCUAGGAUGUGCCCUCCCAGUGUAUGACAAAUACUGGCCUUUGUUCCUCCUCUUCUUCUACAUCCUCUCCCCCAUCCCUUACUGCAUCUCGCGGAGGGUGGUCGACGACACAGACUCGGCCAGUAACGCCUGCAAAGAGCUGGCCAUCUUCCUCACGACGGGCAUCGUCAUCUCAGCGUUUGGCCUGCCCAUUGUCUUCGCAAGAGCUGAAGUAAUCGCCUGGGGGGCGUGUGCGCUUGUGCUAACGGGUAACGUAGUCAUCUUCGGGACCAUCCUGGGCUUCUUCAUGGUCUUUGGAUCCAACGACGACUUCAGUUGGCAGCAGUGGUAAAGCAGCAGCGGGAGGGGGACCUUAGUCUGAACUGUUUUUAUUAGCGUUACAAUUAUUAUUAUGGUAUUACUGUUUGGUUCUUGUUGUUGUUAUUUAUAUGAUGACCGCCCAUCCAUAGACUCACACCAAACCAGUGCAAUACUUCUUUUCUUUUUUUUGUUUUGUACCGCCUGCAUCAUAUUGAACUGACACAAGUGGGAAGGAAAAUGCUGACCUUCAGUUGGACUUUUACUCAUUUUAGUUCUUCUGUGUUUGUGAGUUUUUCUCCAUUUGUGUCUUUCAUUUUGAGUGUUAUAAGCUAACGAGCGCUGGUGAACAACUGCUUGUUUUAUCUGUGAAAAAAAAAAAGAAUCCAAUUGAAUGUCGAAUAUGACUGAAUCUGACCAAAAGGACGGGGUCGUACCUGUCUGGGCUCCUUUCUCUAUUUAAUAGACACACUGGAAGAAGCUGUCGCUACACUGACAGUACAGACGGGUGUGCGUUUCUAGUCAAAGUGCUGAGUUCAGUGUAAAUCAGCAGAAAGCAGAUAGAAAAUCUGCACAACACAAGCUCAGAUUUCACCAGUCAGGAUGAGGAAAAUCUCCAUUUCCUUUUGGCACGAGUCUCAGUAGACUGAAACUGUGACUAUCUUUUCAGCCUGUUCUCAUCCCCAGGUAGUCAAAUACCAACAAUUUGAAACCAAAGGCACCUUUUUUAGGCUUUUAACCAACUCCAGUUUAAACUCUUCUGAUGCUGAGAGUCACUGACGUCUUAUAACGAGAAAAACUUCUGUGUGGGGUGAGAGGGAGGUGAAAUAGAUGGGUCAAACAAAACAAGUAUUUUACCCAGGAGACCACAGGUCCUGUCUCAUGUGAAACCAAAUGACAGUGUUGUUAUAAUGUAAUGUUACGUAACGUGCGUACCUACGUCUCGUGUAAAACCAAAAGUCAAUGCCAUUUUAAUUUUUUACACUGGUCACCCCCAACGACGUCACUCAUGUGUUGAAUUUACAUCAUGUAACGUUAUUUUUACAUAACCAGUGUGCUUAUUUUAAACCAAAACAUGGUCAUUUUUCUAAACCUAACCAAGUAGUUUUGUUGCCUUGGACCCAAUCCCAGUACGCCCCUUGCCUUCACCACUUAAAGCUCACUACUCCGAUUUACUCCUUCGCACGUCUAGGGGUAAGAUGUCCUGAUUGUUGUUGGAAUCGAGGGAUAGGGUAAAGUAUUCGGGCUACAUAGCUCUCCAAAUUUAGUUUUUUUUUUUAGUAGGCAAGAUGGCUGCACUGGCAACUAAAGAAACCCACUAAUUAAUUUUCUCCAUUAACAUUACAAUAACCAUUGUAUUAUCGUUUUACUGAUUGUGGUUGCUUUAUUACAAGCAUAACAAAAGAAACUGCCAGUGUGCUGAUGUCUCGCUAACUAGCUAGUUAGCUAGCUAACAUUACAGUAUUAUUGCUGAUUUGUGCAUGACAGUCCCACAUUUUGACACACUUCAUGAUGCAUUCCCCUCUUUUGAUGGCACAUGACGCCUGAAAUAUAACUGAAGUCCAGCAGUGAGGUUACUGCACUUGUUAUUGCUCCUGUAAUACCAGUACAGACUGACAGGGUAGGAGCACAGGCUGCUAACGUUAGCUUACAGAGCAACGCUAGUGGCCUGGUAAUGAAGCAGUGUUUUUUUUUUUAUUUGAUGUUUGAUCGAUUAACUGCUGGAAAACGUACAGUGUGAAAGAAUUGCGAGCAUCCUGACGACCACAGAAGGCUGCCUGUAGCCCAUGUAAGAGAAGUCACCACAGCAGAAGAUGGCAUAUUUGCAUUCACAUAAAUGCCAGCUUCGACAGCUACCGAUGACGUGUCAGGGUCUAGAAGGUUGUCCCUUUUCACAGGGAAAUAAUUUAACCACUACCCCUUGUGAUUUUGUUCUGAGGGGCAGGGUGGCACUUAAAAAACAGAGGGUUGGCUUAAAAGUAUGAUAAGGGAUUGGGCCUAACUCUAACCGUUUCACAACAUUAACCACAAUGCAGUGUGUUCCAGAUGUGUGUCAUAUAGAGACGCUAAAGGCUGCCCUGUGCGUUGCUAUGAGACGCCUUUUUUAACAACCUGGGAAUAAGAAUGAGUUGAUUUUUUCUCACAGUUAAAGGUGAAAACUGAGCUGCUAGCGUGCAGAGUUUUCAUUAGCUUUCUGCUAAUGUGAUGCUACUGUCGCUAAGAUGUGACAGUCACAAAGAUCAGUGAGUGUUUGUGAAAGAGCUGGGCUGUUACUGUCACCACUCAUCUUCUAAACCCUGUUACAUGUGUUAGUGUAAACCAGUCCAGCAGUCUUUCUCUCUUUCUGUGUGAGAACAUGUUGGAUAGAAGUGUUUUCACUUUAACAUGUUUUCCCUUUGAUUUUGUUUUAUGUCUGCAAUCCAAAAGUAUCAUAAAGAGACGAUGUUCAGGAGCAGCAGAGUGUUUGUUUCCUCUGAACUUAGAGGACAGGAUUCAUUUAAACGCCCUCACCAUCACCACAGAGAUCAAAUUAAACCGACUUGGUGAUUUCCCAGGUGCCAACAGGAUGCAGGCUGCUUAUUCACCGUGUCAUUUUGCAUACGAUAGCUGUUACCUCACUCUGUGUAUGGGUAAGCCUCACCCGUGUCAGGUCAAGAAAGCAUGAAAAGCCUUUAGUAGCCGCCAGCUAGCGUAGGAUUAGCUCGAGGACAGCAGCCUUGUUGGAAACUGAGCCAAGCUAAGAACCGGCCGACUUAUACCCGAGGCCCGGGCAGUCACUGACAGCUCUUAAGCUUUUAAAUGUGACUCCUUCAAAGUAAAAGCAUCCAGCGUCAGUCUGUGCUCAGUGUUACUGUCGUAUUUCUCUCUAGAAGCACAUUAGGUCCAGAUUUGGCGCAACGUGCCGUCACAUUUCCUCACACCAGCAUUUUCAUGAUAAAAGUUAUGUUGUCUGAUUUGAAGUGUUUCUGUGUGAAGGAAAUCUGUACCUUAGGUUGUGUAAUCUGUUGGCAGCUUGUAGGCUGCAGUCAGUCAGGUGCAGCUCUCCUGUUCGCUGUGUAACUGCAUUAGUGGGAGCUAAACGAGGAGUUCAGCAUCUGCUGCCUCGCUGAAGCGCCGAUGUGUUGAGUGGAGGGUCAAACAUUUCCUUUAGAUGUCUGUCUUUUUUUUUGUUGGGGGGUUUGUUUCUGUGGAUGGUUCAGUUUGAAUAUGUGCUCUCUGGAAGAUACAACAAUGUGAUUUUUAAUGAGGACUAAUGUUGAUUUGUUUUCAUUGUGUCCCAUAAUUUCAAAACCUAAAUGAAUUCUUUAGCUUUGUGUCGUAGGUCGGCCCAGAACGUACUUUUACCACGGGUUUCCAGACGCAGCAGAUUUCCAAUGAAAGUGUAAGACACACUCUUUGUCCCACAGGAUUAUUUCCACUUUCAGAAUCCUUCUUUAAAACCACACAAUAAAUAAAACUUGCAUUACAGGAAUAGUUCAAAAUUUAAGCCCCAGCUGGUCCAGGAGCUUCUCCUCCCUGAUGGACGUUUCCAGGCAUAUUUUAGGAUGACUCAGGGGCAGUUUGACAACCUGCCGUCUAUCGUCGGG